AUGAAGUAUUUUUUACUUCUUUUCUUGUUAGUAUUAUCUUUCACGUUAGUUGAAUCUGUAUAUCAAUAUCAAAUAUUGAUUUUAGAGCCAAUUUAUCGGUUCACAGAUUCUGCAGCAGUCCCUGCAAAAUCCAUUUAUUUCACCAAUCUUCCGCAGCACUUUAGUUUGACCCAAAAAUCUUCAAAAUUAGAUUUAUCUCAAUUCAAUGUUGUUCGUGGUUUCACCCAGGAGAUGUUUUUGAAAAACUUGGGAUGUGGUACUGACACGUGUCAGAACUUCCCAGCAACAGUGACAUCUGUUUAUAAUAUAAUCGAUUUAAAAGGACGCUUGAAAUUCGAAACCAAUCCAGCUGGCACUGACAAUGUACUUGGAAAAGCUGGGUAUCUAGCUACUGAAGAAAUUGAAGGGCUCGUUAGAUAUGAUGAAUAUUACUCGGAGGAAGAUGAUUCGUUUACCUAUACGAACGGAAAAUACCCAAAUCAGUUCGGCGCUUGCCAGCUGAGAGAUUAUGGAAAACUUCGAUACAAAUUUGUAAGAACUCUGGGGCAUGCGUUUACUGCGGUGGCAAUCCCAGAAAACUUGCCUAUUUACUCCAUUUUUGCAUAUGAUGAUGGGCUCCCUGAGCCCACCACAACCGUUUCACCUACCCUUUCACCAACUCAAUACGUCUUCGAAACUAAUCCAAUCUGGAAAAUUCUCAAAAAUUCAAAAAAUGGAACUCAAGGAGUUGGAGCUGUUAAUCUUCCAUGGACUCCACCAGUCAGUGCAUCUCCAAUUGAACCAACCAAUGUUUGUCUUUUGAAUGGAAAUUCUUCCGUUUUAUCGAGAUAUGGAGAAAUCGAUCGAAUGCUUCAAUUCUUUGAUGACACCCAUGUUAUUAUUGGAUUCAAGGAUUCAAUUCAAGAUGCUUCUAAUACUUUCAUCUACUCGUAUAUUGGAUAUGCAUUCAAAAGUUCUGACAAUUUGUGUGGAAUUCCUCUGAAACCAAUUAGAGAGCUCUAUAAAGCUGGAGUAGGGAACACUGUGGUUGCUGGAGACGACUACUCUGAUCUUAUAUCAUCUGGCUACAUGUUGACUGGAAAUAUCAUUGGUUACACCAUUGACUGCAAUAGCACCACGGAUGGAGAGCUGAUUGUAAUGAUUCCCGAUGGUAUUUCUACAAUCUCUUCUACAACAAUUUUACUCACUUCUCAAUUCGCUACGUCUUCUCCCUCCCAGAUUGUUGGAUAUUAUGUUCAACCUGUAAAAAUCGUGGGGCCCUCGGCGUCUGGAGGCGAACAAGGUUAUUGGGUAGACCCAGAACUUCCUGAGCCCCAGAUUGGUGAUGUACUUGGAAUUUCAAAUGUCUGCUUGUUCACUGCUAGUUCGUCAAUUAUUUCAAAAUGUGGAUACACUAGGAAUAUAUAUGUGUACUAUGACAAUGUUGAUAAGUUUUAUUUUGUCAGUCUAUAUACAUUCGGGAGAAGCGUGACAUCAAAAGUAAUUGGAAUUGCAUUUGAAACAGAAGAGAACUCUUGUGGGCUUAAUUUGGUACCAAUUCGAGAAUUGUACAAGGAUAGAUACUACGUUGUUGCUGGCAAUGAUUACCAAUAUUUGAUUGAUGAUGGUUAUAAUAUAACUGGAAACAUUGUGGGAUAUACUGUAGAUUGCAAGGAUUCAAAAGAUGAAUUCGUCUAUGGUCACUUACCGAGUUAUGCCUUUUCCACAACAACAUCCAGUAUGACAACUACUGCUUCUGAUUCUACAACAUCCGACUCAUCUGUGAUAGUAUCUUCAUCCAAAAAUCCAGCAGUUUCAAAUCCAUUCAUUACAACUUAUUCUCUUCCAUCUUCUCCAAACAACCCAUUCAUUUCAAUCACAACUACACCUGAUUCAGCGAGCAGCCAGAAAAUUUCCACUACGACUGCAAUAUCGCAUUCUGCCUACAGUGCUUCUCCGUCGACUAUUCCAACAACUACACCAUAUGAUUUGACAAAGCCUUUGCCAAAGUUAGACUGCAAUAUUAUUGAAAACUAUGGAGACCUCAACGGUAGAAUGGUAAAUUUUGCCAAUGUUAUGGAAGUUGGAGAUAAUAUCACUAUUACCGGACAUAUUUGGCAAAAUGCUUCUGAAUCGACAUUUAAUUUAUACGUUGGUAUGGACCCUAAAUAUCUACAAUCAUACAUUUCCAUUCAUAUCAAUAUGAGAUGGGCAACAGAUGGAAUUGUUUAUAAUUAUUUCUGGGGAAUGUGGAAUUAUCAGUUUGAAAGUUACUCGACUCGUCCAUUCUCCAGAGGACUUCCUUAUGUUUUAUCUGUUGUAAGAGGAAUCAAUUACUAUGAUGUGUACGGUAACGGGCAGUUCAUCAAAAAGUUUGGAAUAAUUGGAUCAGUUGCUCUUCACCAAGUUGGAGCAAUGUAUGGGUAUCAGCAAUGGAAUAUUGAUACAGUUAAAAUGAACUGUGCUCGUUCCCAUACCACAACAGUGGAGCCAUCUACUCCACUCGAAACAGCUUCUACCUCUCAAUCAACACCCUCCGCAACCUUAACUUCAACAACUGAAAAUAUUCCAAGUACUUCUAAAAUUCCCGAGACGUCUACUACUCAGCGCCCUACUUCACCCAUUCUCACAUCUGGGGCAACCAGUACAUCUUCAUCCACAGAAUCUACCACUACAUCCCCAACAACUUCAACUACUACAACUCUACCUCCUACCACAACUCCAUACAAUUUGUCGGCUCCGAUUCCAAAGUUAGACUGUAAUACUAUUCAAUUCUACGGGAACCUGCUCUGGAGACCAGUAGUGUUCAGCAGAUAUAUGGAAGUUGGAGACAAUAUCACACUUACUGGAUUUAUUUGGAAUAAUGCUACUGAAUCAAAUGUGAACUUUUACCUUGGAUUCAAUCCAUUAUUUGGAACUACUGCAGUUCCAGUUCACAUAUCACAACGCUGGAGUUCAUCAGCUCGUAUUAUCUAUAACAAUUUUUGGGGACAAUGGGGACCGGAAGCAUUUUCAGCAAGACCAUUCACCAGAGGACAACCCUUCGUGAUAUCUCUCAUUAAAACAGCGAAUUCUCAUCAAAUCUAUGGAAAUGGGCAGCUUCUCAUCAACUUUGGAUAUCGUGGAACUGCUUCGCAAAAUUUAAUUGGAAGUAUGAUUGCAUAUAGAGAGUCAACAAUUGAUACGGUUUCAAUGGCUUGUGUUCGUCCACCAACUACCCCUACUACUACAACUUCAACGACUACCACAACCACUCCUAAACUAACUACUACUUCAACAUUACCUUCGACUUCAACAGCUAUAGCAACUACUGAUGUUUCAACAAGGCCUCGGUCGUGUGACAUCAAUUCAAUCACACUUGGAGAAGGUGACGCAAAUACCCCACAACUUCAACUUGAUGCUGUUCUUGGAGAAUCAAGCGGCUCGUCUCUCUCCAUUUACUGUCGUGGACUUCCAAAUUACAGUAUAUACAUGAUGUUCAAUGUUAAUCAAGGAGGACCACCACCUGUCAUAGAUGGAUAUUUGGAAAUAACUCUGGAUUGUCUGCCUGAUAGUGAAGGUGUUUGGACAUUUGGAGGGAGAGAGAUCACAGCUAUUUCAUGUUUCCAAGCACCUAAGUGUUCCACGUUUGUACCAAGUUUCUGGAGGUCAGUAGAUCUACCAAUUUUGUCACCUACGUCCAGGGUCGUCAUGUUGCUAACUUGGCAGUGA